AUGGUGACUCUGAUCCCACAUCGGCUGAGCUACGGCCCCGCGGGGUCUGCCGCCGAGGACCAGGCUCGCCUGGCGCUGGACGACAUCACCGCGCCCGAGUUCAGGAAGGGGCGCUACGAGGUUUGCCACUACCACAACGGAAGCCUCGGCGGCUGCGUGGGCCCGCUGGCCAUUGACCAGACCCUGUGGUUCGGCCACGAGCUCCACACCCGGCUCCAGGAAGGAAGGGCGCACGUCGUGGUCGAGUACGCGCCCGAGGAGCGCCGGCACCUCGCCGUGCUCGUGGGCGCCUACCUCGUGCUCGCCCGGGGCUGGCGCGCGGAGGAGGUGCGGGGCGCCCUGCCCGAGGACGCGCGCCUGGCCUUCCCGUGCUCCUGGGCCGCCCCCGCGGGCCCGGCGCCGGAGCACGGCGCGCCGCGCAUGACGGUGCAGGACUGCUGGGAGGGCGUGCAGAUGGGCCUGGACAUGGGAUGGCUGCGCAGCGAGAUGGUCAAGGAUGGCGUCAUAGCCUCCCUCGCGGCCAGCAAGUUCUGGAAGACCAGCUGCGAGUACGACGGGGCCUGGCUGGUGCCGGGCGCAAUCUUUGUCAUGGCGGACCCGAUGACGACCAUCAAGGACCCGAACCCGGCAACGUGCGCCGCCUUCUGUAGAGAGGGAGACGCCGACCGUGUCCCAGAGGCGGAUUCCCUGGACAAGCUCCGGAUGCUCUCCCAGGACAGCCCCCUGUCACCCCAGCGCCCUCCCUCCUCUCCAGGCGAGGCCCUCGUCGGGGAGAAGGCCCAUGGCUUGCCCCAGGUGUGCCCCAGCGCCGCCGCGGCGGAGCGGGACUGCCGCGAGUUCGAUGACGGCCUGCUGUCUCUCGCGUCGGUGCACACCGUGUGCAAGGCCUACGACCACGGGGCUGCGCGGGCCAGGGGCUGCGACCUCUGGCCGGGCGCGAGGCCCUAUGUGGACUUCCUGCUGGAGGAGGGCAUCCGGACGGUGCUGCGCCUGAACAGCCCGGACGAGCCCGGACUGGCGGAGAUCGGAGGGAGCUACGACGCGGGGUUGCUGGCCGAGUUCGGGAUCCAGCACGCGGACGUCCCCGUCACGGACUUCAAGGACUCCGGGAGAGGGGGUGUCCCCCCCCGUGGAGCCAUCAGGCGCUUUCUCAGUCUGACCAGGCACGUGGGUCUCCAGGACGGCGCUGCCAUGGUCGUCCACUGCAAGGGUGGCUUCGGCAGGAGCGUCUUCCUGGCGUGCCUCCGGGUCAUCUACUGGUACGACGUGCCGGGCCGUGGUCUUCUCGGCUGGGCGCGAAUCGCCCGCCCGGGAGCCAUCACGACCCCAGAGCAGGAGGCCGCGUUGCGUUCCCUGUCUGGUCGUGGAGAUCUUUGCAGGAGGUACGGCAUCCCCCGCGGGGGCCUGGACGGUACGUCCGCGGCUCAGGGCUGCUGCACGGUGGCCUGA